CUUGUGUUGGUAUAUAUAGCGGGGGUCUUUGCGGUACAGAUCACAGUCAGCUUCACCGUCGACUACACACAUCAUGAACGCUAAGAUCGUCAUCCUCCUCGGCCUGGUCGCCAUGGUGGCCGCCGACAGCCGCGAGCUCUACGGCGUCCCCAGGCGGGACUCUUCCGAGGAGUCCUUCGAGUCCUCCGAGGCCCAGUACAACUUCAAGUGGGAAGUUGACCACUCCCCCUCAGACAAUCACUAUGGCCAGGAAGAGGCCCGCGACCGCGACCACACGCAGGGCUCCUACUACGUGCAGCUCCCCGACGGCCGCGUGCAGAAGGUCUCCUACGUCGUCGACGGAGGCGACGGCUACAUCGCUGACGUCCAGUACGAGGGAUCCGCGUCCUUCGAGUCCGCCGAGUCCAACGAGUCCUUCCGCUACUACGGCUCCAACUCCAACGAGUCCAAGUAGACAGAGACACAACAGACGCAGCUAGUCAGUGACCGUCAGGUGGUCCCGCCUUCCCUGCCCCGACAGCCGCCAAGGCACCGCUGUCCUUAUUUAUUAUUUAUUGUUUUAUGAGUACACGCAAAUAAACGCUCCGCAAUA